AUGACUUCAUCCUUUAUUGUUCGUGAACCCUGCAUCGAAACGUUUGGAGAACAAGAAAAUCUUGAGGACAUUAGUCUCGUAUGGCUUGAUAGUAAUAUACAUGAUCCAAACGAUAAUAUUGAUACACAAAUUCGUUUACGAUCUAUAAUUAAUCAUUUAAAUGUCUAUACUAAUAUGAAUGAUUGUCUUCAAUAUAUUCAAUCUAUCAAUGAAGAAAAAAUAUUUUUAAUUGUAUCCGGCUCACUUGGUCGAAGAAUGGUACCAAUCAUUUAUCCAUUACAAGUCAUUGUUUAUAUUUAUGUAUUUUGUAACGAUAAAGAAAAACAUGAACAGUGGUCGAAAGAUUAUCCUAAAAUUCAUGGUGUUUUCAGUCAGAAAGAUCAAUUGUUUAUGCGACUCAUCAAAGAUUUUCGGUCGUAUUCCAAUGAUCUAAUGCCAACAAGUCUAUUGAAAGCAGAUGCUUAUCAAAAUGGUAUUAACGUUUUAAGUAAAGAAAAUGCUGCAUUUAUGUGGCAUCAGAUUUUACUGAAAGUAUUAAGAAUAAUGCCUCAAACAAAUAAUGCUAAAAAUGAUCUGUUAUCAAUUUGUCGCUUACAAUACAAAGGAAAUGACAAUGAAAUUAAAAAAAUCGUUGAAUUUAGAGAUAACUAUAAUACUUUGGAUGCUAUACGUUGGUAUACGAGAGAUUCAUUUUUGUAUCGAAUACUCAACAAUGGAACGAUUCACAAAGUAUCUUCAGCAUACUUCGAGCCUUUCUACGAAGUUGCAUCCUUAUGUUUGGGCUUGUUCAAUAAACGGUAA